AUGACUGAAAUCGAAAUCCUCCAAAAAAGAGCAGAUAGUCCCAAGCUCAAAACAUGGGAAGUAAAAGCACAAAAGAAUGUACGAUCAAAGAAGCAACCGGCACUUUGGAACUUCAACCACCCGCCAAGAUAA